GCAACAGUUUAUCAUCUCAACGUCUUGAUCUUCAGGCUGACGUAGAGUCUCGAUUUCUUCAGUCAUACAGAAUAAAUCUACUAUCUCAAACACAAAGUUGUAUCAAACACAAAGUUGUAUGAUUGUCAAACAAACGGUAUCGAUAAUCAAACACAAAGUUGUAUCAAAGAAGAAAGAUGGCGCCCGCCCAACAGCAGAAGCCUGAUCCAGAAAUGGAGGGGCUCGUGAACGAAUUUCGAGACCUGCAGAAGAGCUUACAAACCAACUACGACAGCCGAGCGAAGCUAUUAACGCAACAAGAGGAAAACUUUAUGAAACAUCACAGGAAUUUAUUCAAUUUAGAAGAUGACACCGGGAACUUUUUGUACGAUUAUGAUCAUGGAUAGGAGUUUGAGUUUGCCUUUGUUGUUCAGAUCAGAAGAUAUCUUUUUUCUGCGAGGGUUGUGAUUGCUUGUCUUACACUUACUCUUAUCAAGAUCUCUAUGUCUCACCCUUCGCUUUCCCCUCUUUCAUACCCCUGACGGUGUCAAAGGAGUUUACGAUUCUCGAAAGCGAUGGCGUGGUUUACAAGCUGAUUGGCCCAGUCUUGGUGCGACAAAACCUCGAAGACGCCAAGGCCAACGUCGAGAAGCGUCUGGGCUAUAUCAAGGAGGAGCUAGUUCGCGCUGACAAGGUGAUAGUAGACCUCGAGAAAAAUUUGGAGGAAAAGAAGGCAGUGCUCACUGAGAAAGCGGCGAAGCGACAGGGACAAGCUGGAGGCGCGAAAGAGUAAAAAAGCUUGUCGGGAUGUUGUUGUUGACAGGUACUAGGAGAAGAAUGUGAAUGGACGUGCCUAUGUCUUCUCCGUUAUUGACGAGCAACUACUAACAACUUCGUGAAAUGAACGUUUCCACAACCUUUCUAUUAAGGCUAGAAGAAAUCCAUCCUCACAGGCAUCUUGGUCCCGUUUCUCAAGGGAAAAAAGACGGAAGAUGCCGCUGAAGAUGGAUUUCUUCCAGCUCUAAUUCUAGUACGUAGUGGUUGCCUAGUGCUCGAAAAAAUACCUCUGAGACGAUAGGAACCUUUCUUGUCAAGAAGGAGCAACCGUGCUGCGGCUCAGACCACAUCAUCAUGAAUGGGAAAUGAGAUGGCCCACAUACAACGUUCUUGAACUCUGUCCUUACCUCCCCUCCAACUGUUGUAAAUACCCCCCACAACAACUAGAAGUAUAUCCCACUCAUUGUGCUGGAAAAAUAGAGUCUUGUGACUUCUCACGCGAGCCGUGAAACAGAUUGUCCUGAUGGAGUCAGGUGUUAAUAGAUGUGAAGUAGAGGACUUGGUGGUUGUGUGACGUAAAAACUUUUGAGCAGGCUUUAGAAAGCGUUUAGGUGCAUGCGGAG